UACCGUAACACGCACGAGAACUUCAUUCAGCCUCUAGAAAGGGUAACGAUAAAAACAUUGGCAACAUUAGCGAUUUUGUGAGUUGUAUCUUGGAAUUCUGAAUAGUGCAGAAGAUAGCAUCAUGGGCAAAGAUUUUAAAGACGAAACGUCCAAAAAAUGCAGACGAUCCGGUGUACAAUGUCUGGAGCUGGACAGCAAUUGGUUGGAGGUCGAUUCCGAUGAAGAUGACGACGUCUUUAACGAUGACGAAGUGCUUUCUAACCAUUCUAGUGUUGCUGAGCGGCUGGGAAUACUUCAUGCUGUCUACCAAAAUGAUUAUCGUGCUUUUGUAAAUUUCCUAGACUCUGGUAUAGACCCCAACAUCUGUGACUGCGACGGGAACCCCCUGUUGCAUAUUGUUAUCGAGAAUGGCAACAACGAAAUGAUGGAAUAUCUGCUAAGAGAAGAACACUGCGAUGUAAACAGAGAAAAUAAAUUUCAACAAACUCCUCUUAUCAUUGCUGUUGUCAUGGACGAUUUCCACAUUGCCAAGGCUUUGGUGAAAGCAGGAGCUGACGUAAAUAAAACAGAUUCAACAGGAAAGACAGCGCUUUUAAUUUCCCUCCAGGAGUGUAGAACAAACAUCGCCCAGUAUUUAAUUAAACACGGAAGUGACGUUAAUAUCGUGGACCGAUUGGGUCAGAGCGCCUUAUUUAUCAUUAUUGAAAGCAUGGACCUCAAAUGUGUAAAAACCGUGAAGAAACUGUUGAAAGCAGGGUAUGACCUCCAGAGAGACACAGCAUGGAUGAAAGAAGAAGGUCUUGAUGUUGAUAUUGUGAAGAGUGGAAACUGGGUGUCGAAACUUAUAAGAAAAAUUGCAAGCAGACUUCAUACUUUGAAAUCAAGUGAACUUUCAUCAACCGUGUCGCACACAGAAUGUUCAGUGUCCAAACAUCGAGUAUUAACGAUUUAUCAAUAAAUUCUGGUAGAAUUUGUGAUUAGUGACAAGAAAAUGGCGAAAGAAACAUUCAUCAUCCCACAUGUAAAAUACACUUCAUACGAUUAGUUUCAGUUGUCUUGUUCUUAUAUUCAACCGUCAAAGUCCAUAUUAUCAUAGACCUUGUCACAGCGCAAAAGUUGUUUUGUGGAUAAUCAAAUUUUGUGGUGUUUGUUAGUUAUACCUUGGGUGAUGUUGUGAAAUCCUGUUUUACAUUUUUGUACUUUCUGUACCUUUGCUUUAUAAAUAAAUGUUUGAAAUAUGAAAAA